AUAACUAGAAUAUAAAAGUACAGUAAAAUGUACACUCUGCUGUCUGAAUGAACGAAUGAAAGUAGGAAAGUUGUUUUCAUGAAGAAAAUAGGAAUAAAGCGUGAAAAAGAAAUAGUUCGAAUUGUUGAACUUGUUGAUGCAUAGUAUACACAUUACACAGUGAUCAACAUAAACCUUGCUAUCGUAUAUUUAUCACUGCUCUUUAAACCCGCUAAACAGGAGUAAUAUGAAGAAGAGAACAAGAUUUGAACUUGAAUAGAGCUGUUAUGAAGUACAAAAUCUUGAUUUUAAGGAAAGGUGAAUCCACAAAGGAAAUAUGUUUAUCUCUGAUCUUGAUGGAAAGCUGUGUAAUGUGAGUUCCGGAGAAAAGUUUGUGUGGGGGAGGAAAGCAGUUUAGGGUUUGAUCAGGAGCUGAGAGGGAGAAUGGGAGAUCAGGAAACAUUCUUCUCCUUUACUCUUCAACCAUUCACAUUUCCUUCAUACAGGUAUACAGGGGGGACCCAGUGCCUCAGUGAGAUACACGGAUUGAAUUUAGAGGAAAGACUGAAGUACAUUCAUAAGCAUUCCCAUUUCAAGAUAAAAGAGAGGAGUAGUUGGAGCAAGGAUGGAGAUAAAGGGAAAGAUCUUUGGAAACAAGGGAAGGAAAAUGGAGGAAUUCAGGGUAUUCUAAGUUUGAACGAAGCCAUUACCCAGUUAACUGAGGCAGAUUGGGAAUUAGUUCAUGAGGAUAUUAGGUCUAUUUUGAAUUGUGCGAACCUCGAAAAACUGUUUAAACCUAAACCAGAGGUUUCAGAGAAUAUCUCCAGCAAAAUAGAAGUUCAGUUUUCUAAGGAGAAAGGAAGAUAUGUGGUUGCCAAGGAAGAUAUUGAAGUAGGAGAAACUAUUCUACGAGAAUCUCCAUUUAUAUCAAUCCUUCAUUCCUCACAUAGAUAUUCCAACUGUGCUACUUGUCUCAGAUAUGUUGUGUAUGGAGUUGGGUGUUCCAAAUGUAACCAGGUUUUGUUCUGCUCUGCUUUAUGCAAGGAACAGGGUUUGGAGUUCCAUAGUUCAGAGUGUUCCAUGCUUGAUAUUCUACCCCCCUGUGGAACUAUAGCUCCUGUUCUUAGGAUAUUCACCAAAUAUGGUCUGUCCUUCUUCAAAGAUAAAGAGGAACUACUGGAAAUCCAACCAACCCCUGUAAAAGCCUUUCCCACCUUACACCGUAAUAACUCAACACAGUUUAUUAAUAACUCUUCACAAAAAAACUCAAAUUUGUGCAAAAGUAACUCAUCACAAGAAAAAUCUUCGCCAUCACAAGAAAAUUCCACUUUGUGUCAAAAGAACUCCGAUUCAACACAUAACAAUUCCAACUCAACAGAAAACAACUCCAACUUACCUAAAAACAACUCCAAAUCAAGACAAAACAACUCUAAAUCAAGUCAGAACAACUCCAACUCAACAGGCAAGAACUCCAACUCACCAGGAAACAACUCCAAAACAAGACAAAACAACUCCAACUCUCCACAUAACAACUCCAAAUUACCACGUAACAACUCCGAUUCCACACAAAACAACUCCAACUCAUUAAAAAACAAGUACAACUCAAAUUCCCAACCAAACAACUCCAACUCAGCAGAACCCAAUUUAUCCGAACUAUCAAUAACUAAGCAUUUAGAAGAUCUAUGUACUCUACAGGCUGGAAAUAAAAUAGACUCAAUGUAUAUGAUGGAGAAGAGUGCCUGGACCUACUACAUUCUCUUUCUUCUCCGUCAGCUCAAGUUCUUUAACAACUCAGAUCAACUAGGAGAGGAUGAAAUCUUGAUCGGAAGAUUUAUCGAACUUUUUCUCAAGAUUUCAGAUAAUAAUUGUCACGAGAUCAGUGAGCUGGAUGCUGGUGAUAUAGAAGAGAUAAGUUUCUCUAGUUUGCAGGAGAGGGAAGAUCUGAAUAGGAUUGUUGGAGUUGGAAUUUAUCUUUGCAGCUCAUUCUUUAACAACAGUUGUGACGUGAAUACUAUGAAAUAUCAUGAUGGAAGAACUGAAGUUAUGCAAGCAAAAAGAAAAAUAAGGGUUGGAGAGGAGGUGGCGGACUACUAUGGAGAAUAUUUCUUUUUAACUGACAAAUAUUCAAGAAGAAGAAAUUUUGGAUUUAGCUGUAGUUGUAAAGCUUGUAAAGAAGGAUGGCCCCUGCUGGAUGAACUGGAAGUUUUUACCCCGGAGCAACUUCAGAAUAGAUUGGACUGGGUUGUUAACAGAGUUGAACUAGAAGAUGCCGCGCAGAAGUUUGAUGUUUUGAGAACGAAGACGAUCUGUGAAAGAUUGAGUGAGCUGGGAAACGUUAGCAGUCCUCAUGAAUCUAUUAUAGUGCCUGAAAUGUACCUUCACUUCACAAACCUUCUUCUUCAUAACAACAAAUCUUUAAGAUUUGAAGCCUGGGCAUCCCAACAUAUUAAUUUAUAAAUUUUAUUAUGAAAGGAUAUAUAUUAAAUUAAAUUUUGAUAAUGAU